UGCAGGGGGUGCCAUUGCCAUGCAAGAUUGCUGCAGAUGGGGAAGUUUGUGACGCUUGUCGAAAAGGGAAAUAAAAGCAGAUGUCGGCCAGCGUUGCGGUUAACGGGGCAGUCGGUGUGUCUAAAAAAAAAAAAUAAAAAGCAAAGAACCCCAACGUCCUUCCUCUUUCUGCUUCAGUGUGCUGAGCUGAACUGAGACGGGCGGGCAGCAAGGAGGAAGAAGAAGCAGCAGCAGGGAAGGACGCCAUGGAGGAGGCGUUCAUGCAGCUCUACGACCAGUACGUCCAGCUCCGGGCGCUGUGCCUGCGACAGGCCGAGUUGCUGAGUCGGAUCUCUGCCAGCCGGGACCUGCACAACGGGUUGCUCACUAAGGAUGCAGACAUGAAGACCCCGACUUCUCUGCCCGUCCAGUGCUCAGAUGUGGGCCACGGCUGCUCCAAGCGGGCUUUUCCCCAACCUGGAGCCCCACUUUCCAGAAGUCCCGCUCCUGGAUUUGUUGCCGCUGCCCCUCCCUACGCCCAACACCCCGCAGCCAUGGCAGAGUCAAGUACCCUGACCAAUGGUGUGAAAGCGCUGGAGAUACACCCACCAGAAAGAAAGGGACACCCCACCUCUGCAGGACCCUCCUGCCUGUGUGAGGGAAGCAGGACACAAGAGCCACUCGGCUGUCCUGGAGGUGGUGGCACAUGGCAGAGCGCUCCAGAAAAACCAAGUGAGGACCACCUGAUGCAAAGGGAGGCAGAGAAGACUCAGCACGGGUCUCCAAACCAGACUCACUGGACCCCCGGAUACCACCUGGACAGUGACCUCUUGAGCCGUGGAGGCCUCCUGCUGUCAGACAUCACCCUGAACUCUCAAGUCUGCGAGUUCUGCCAGGCUGUGUUCCCGAGUGACACGACAACGCGUGGAGAGUACCUGCGUCACAUCACGGCCCACAUCACUUAGGGGCUGCGGUGGGCUUGUGCUGGCGUCAGGGAGGCAGGCAGGCGGGUGGGUGUCUUCCAGGUCAGCAUUGGCUUGUUUAUAAGGGUUUUAGAAAGGGUGGGGGAGGGGCAAAAAUAUUCAUGCUGGAAGACCAACCCAUUGUGGGCGGGGUCUACUAAACACAGAGACUCUGUCCCGCACCGGACCACAACAGUCGGUCCUCAGCAAAUAACUGACCAAAGACUUGAGAAGCUCCAGCCCUGCUGGUGGCCUAUGGUCCAUGUAAACUUCAUGUAAGGGUCACUUGUAAGACGGUGAAAGAUCUAAACAUGGAGGACCUCAUGGACAUUGCUCUCCCAUCUGUCCUGGGAACAUGAAACAGAUUUUGGCUCCAGAUUUUAGGUCAAGCUGCGUAUGUUUUAAAUAUUUUAUUCUCAAGAGAAACAGGAAUGUGGAAUAAGUUACCAGGUAGCCUGGCCAAAAAUACGUGGACCCUCAUUGUGGUUGAUGGAUUUGGCUAUUUGAGCCUCACUUAAUGGCCCCUGAGAUUGAGCAGACAGCGCAGUAAUCUCCAUAGGCGAGCACUGUCAGCAGAACAGGGCCACUGAAGAGCUCCGUGACUUUCAAUGUGCCACCUUCACAAGAUGUCUCUGGUCCAACAAGGCCAACAGUCUAUCAGACGUCUGCCCUGGUCUUACUGGGAAGUGGUGGUCCGCACAAAAUCACAGAACGGGACCUCCAAGUGUUGAAUCUUUGAAUAAAUCGCCUGUCCUCGGGUUAUGAGUAUCGUUCCACGGCACAAGAACUGAUCAUCGGGAACUUUGUCAAGUAGGCUUGCAUGGCCAAGAAGAUGUAAACAAGACUUGGACCACCAUAUGCAAUGCCAAGUGUCUGCUGCAGAGUUGGAAAACACACUGCCAUUGGACCUUGGAGCAGUGGAAACACAGCGAGGACGGUAACAAAGUGUAUUGAGAGAGAUGGACCAGAAGAGUAGACGUCGUGAAAAAUGCACACGGAGAUCAAAGCCACAGGUCACUUUGGCCAAACCGAAAAACGAAACCCAGACGCCUGAGAAGAUGGAAAAGGAGGUCUUCAUUAGGAAGUUAGAUACGAAAUGGCAGCCAGAGCUGAGCUUCCUCUUAUCAUGUUAGUGAUGUCAGACCCCCCCACCAGCUCUGAAAAUCUCCCACAGCCCCCGGGGCUCACAAAAUGGUGGUGCCCAUAACAAAAGUAAAACUGAGUCUUCAUCGGCAAAACCCCAAUACAGACAACGUCCAGAUCAGAAGAAACCCUACAUGACGGCUGGGCAGCAGUGAGGGUGACUAACACAACACCAUCAGGUGGUCUGAUGGACAAAUUUAGAUUUGGGGAUGCCAGGAGAAGACUACCAGCCAGAGUGCACAGUGCCAGCUGUAAGGAUUAAUGGAGGAGGAGGAGGAAUAAGGGCCAGAGGCUGUUUGUGAAGGCUUCAGAGAGACCCCCUUAAUCCUACUGAAGGGCAACCUCAGAGCUACAGCAGACCAGGACAUUCUAGAGCCGUCGCUCUCAACCAUUCUGGUGCCAUCACACACUUUUUCCCCAUGUAAGUGUCUUUGAAACCCACCAAGAGAGAUGCCCCUCGAGUUCUAGGGAGGUUCCCCUCAGUGAAUUGAGUGUGAUCAUUCGGGCAGGGGUGGGGGGGUUUGUGGUCCACUUUAGUGC